GCCUGCCGUAAAUGAAAGGGCGCCCGGCGGCCGGCACUGUCGCAAAGCACUCGCCAUUCCCGAUAAUUGCCGUGCGCCGGGAGCGAGCGUCCCGCGCUCCCGAGGGAGGGAUCGCUGAGACACACCCAGCGGGUGACAACAGCGACCUUGCACAGCAGCCCGGCACACGGGAACAACUGCGGUCAGGGAGCCGGGGCGAUGGAUCGAUCGGAGUCUCUGCGCAAAGCAAAGCGUCACCCCAACACGCGCUUCCUUCUGUGAAAAAUGUGUGGUUUAGGGUUGGCUGUUCGCAAGUAUUAAAAUGAAUAUUGGAUGUGUUAUGUUAGACAGUUGUGCUGUGUUAAUCUUCUUAGGUAGUGUGUUCAGUAUAGCUUUAGGUUAUAACAUAAUGUUAAAACAGAAACUCUAAGAUGCUAUGUAAGAUUCUUUUUUUAAAGAAAGGACUCGCAGCAGACGGCAGCCACAGGACACCUAAAUCUUUCAGAGAAAGGGAAUUUAAUGCUCCCUUAUCAGCAGAAAAGUAACUUCUUCCCACCUCGCUCAGACACACUUAGGAUUAAGAGGAGAAGCUGACGAUGACCAGACAGAAUGCUGUGUUUGAAUGGAAUGUAUGCAUCAUGUAUGAGGUGUAUGAAUAUGCAACAGGCGGUUGUUCCUAAGGGUUAAUCCUCUGUUUCUCGGGCUCGUGUUGCCCACAAAACGUACCCGGACGUCCGUAUCUCUUUGUUUUUAUUGUCUCAUAUUGUCCUAAUCUCAAUUGUUCAAAUUUUAUUACUCUAAUUAUAUUACUAUUGUUAUAACCAUUUCAUUACGAUUAAACUUUUAAAAAUCUUAAAACCAAGUGAUUGGCGUUUUUCACACUUUUAAUCAUUUAUUUCAAGGGCUUCACUUCUGUUAUCUGUCAUCCACUUAUGACAAAACCAGUUAAGGCAGGAUCUUUUGAAGAGAUCAGAUUUAUCGGUUCAUAGUUGAGGCUCCUGUACUUUAUUUCUAAACACACUUGAAAAUAUUUUUCUAAUGGUUAAAAAUUAAACCCAAAUCUAACAGCUGACAUUCAAAAGAAUCCCAGCCAGAGGAAUUAGUCUAGGAAGAGAGAUAAAAUUUCAUCAUGCGAAUGCUCCCAAUCUGCUUGGUUUUCUUGUGUCUCUUUCGUCUUUGUGGAUCAGAGGUUAAGCCUGCUCAGCCAGCUGAGCAAGACAACUAUCUCAUAGAAGAAUGCUUGGGCAACCAAUACACCCACAAGUCAUGUCAGAAAGUUUUUUGUCACCCAUGGGAACGAUGUGUGGAGGGAAAAUGCCUGUGCAAGCUUCCCUACCAGUGCCCAAAGAAUGGUUCUGCAGUUUGUUCUACCAGUGGAAAGAACUUCCGUACUUACUGCCAGCUGAAGAGCUAUGAGUGCCAGCAACCCAAAGCAAAGUUUCUGCACAGGGGAACAUGCAAGCCUGAAGAAACAUUUUCAGUCUCUCUGGGUCACGGAGAUUCAAGUUUGCUUCAAGUAAAACCUGUGAAUCGUAAGGAGGACAGUUUUGUGUGUGCUAGUGAAUGGACUAUGAAUGAAGCAAACGUGGCUUGCAGGCACCUUGGCUUUGAAUUAGGUGCUGAAUAUUACCAAGCCACUUCCAACAUCACAGAAUCUGCCUUAAAUUCAUUAAACUGUCUGCAAAUAAGUUGCAAGGGCCUAGAGACAAGUCUUGCUGAAUGUCACAUAGAGAUGAAAUCAAGAGAUAGUAAUGAGGGACUGGUUAGCCUGCAGUGCCAUGAAAAUCUCAGAGAUUGUUCAGAUGGGGAGUUUCACUGUGUCAACAAGAAGUGCAUUUCUCUGAAUAAAACCUGUGAUGGGAUCAAUGACUGUGGAGACAUGAGUGAUGAACUGUGCUGUAGAGAGUGCAGAGAAAACAGUUUCCACUGCCGGUCAAAUAUCUGUAUUCCAAAUAAGAGUGUCUGCAACAAAGAAAUUGACUGCCUCACAGGAGAGGAUGAAGCUGGAGCUACCUGUGCAGGCAAAGAAGAAGGUGCUGAAAAUGACAGUAUGGAUACAGAAAGAAAAAUGAUAAAGACACUUCUUCCCCAAGUGCACUGUGGUGUUAGGAAUCACACACUAACUCGACGGAAAAGAAUUGUAGGUGGAGAGAUUGCUGGAAAGGGUGAAUUCCCCUGGCAAGUGGCAAUUAAAGACACCAGCAAUGAAGGUUCAACAGUGUACUGUGGAGGGGUUUAUAUUGGUGGCUGUUGGGUUCUGACUGCUGCUCACUGUGUCAGGGCAAAUCGAGUCCAUCUCUACCUUGUCUGGGUCGGAAUGUUGAACACAAUAGCGUACGACAAAGAGACAGAUACUUUCAAACUAAACCAAGUGAUAAUUCAUGAAAAUUACAAUGCAUCAACGUAUGAAAAUGACAUUGCUCUGCUGGAGCUGAAAGGUUCUGGGCACGGAGAAUGCUCCCUGGAAGACAACAGCAUACCUGCCUGUGUCCCCUGGUCAGAGUAUAUGUUUAAGACUGGUGACAGAUGCAAGGUUUCUGGAUGGGGACUAGAGAAAGGUUACACAAAACAAUUUAUCCUCAAGUGGGGAAAUGUUAAUUUAUUUCACAAUUGUUCUGAAUUGUAUCCAGGACGAUUUUUUAAAAAAAUGGCAUGUGCAGGUACCUACGAUGGCUCCACAGACAGCUGUAAAGGUGAUUCAGGAGGCCCCCUGGUCUGCUUUGAUGCAGAAGACGUGGCCUACGUGUGGGGCAUUGUGAGCUGGGGUGAGAACUGCGGGGAGGCCGGUCACCCUGGCGUGUACACACAAGUUGCCAGCUAUUAUGACUGGAUCAGCCACCAUGUGUCAAGGGCUCUCAUUUCACGGUACAAUAUCUGAAGCUCAGAAAAUUAAAUGCUUCCUUUAUAGUCCUUUUCCACAAUCAGCUGUCCUAUAACUUAGCAAGAAUCAGUACAGAUUUUCAAGGAAUGUAUUUUGAAAAUUCUUAACACUCUGUGAAUACCACAUUUUUGCAGAGGCUGUGGGAAGAGAGUUUUACAGGCACAAGUCCACUGCAAAGGUCUCUAAUAAAAGCAGAUAUUAAAA